AUGAAUACUACAAAAGCAAAAGGAUCACAGCAGCAUAAAAAGUACCGUGCGCUGAGCAGGUCUGCUGUAGCUGCGUUUGCACGGUCUUCAGGUCUUUGCAUGUCGUCCGAAGUUCUCUUUGACGAAGACCCUGAGGUACUCACGCUGACGUCACUGGACCAUCUCUACAGUUUGGAACGAAGUCAGCGAUGGUUAUUUACAACCCCUAAUGCCGAACGGUUAGAAUCAUCACAAGAUUUGGAUGUUCAAGAAUCUGUUUUAUUUGCGAAAUUAAAGAUGAUGAGUUUGGACGAGACAAUAACUAAAGAAUUUCAAUCUUCAAAACGAUUAAAUGCAUUUAUUCCAAGAGAAGUGAGAAUUGUUUUCCCAGAAAUCAAGCCAUUGGAUAAUCUGCAAAAAUAUGAUUUUGAAUUAUUGGAGCCUGCGUUUAACGUAAGCACUGAAAUAAAGGUGGAUGAAAUUGAUACAGGCCAACUAGAAUUUUUACAGCAUGUUAAAACACCACCUGAAGAGCCAUUUGUAGAUCCAUCAUACGAACAAUUAGAUGCGGAUCUGACUGUUGUUCAAAUAUUAGAUCCAAUUGUUGCAACCACUGAAGAAGAAUUAUACGGUAAAAUGAAUCUUCCUGUUGAUAACCCCUUUGCGGUAGAAAUUCCGUUGUUAACAUGCGACACACCACCAGAACAAAAAACACUUGCCAAAAUCCCUACAAUGUUAGAUCCUGAGCCUGAAAUGGUUGCAGAAAUGGACUGCACUAGCCAGCUUGCAAAUGAAACACUCUCUAUAGAUGGAGAACAGCAAAUUGAUUGCAAGUUUGCGUCGCCUAAAGGUGCAGACUUGUACAAGGAAAUAUACCCUGACCGUGACCAGGAGCUUGAUUCUCCAAUUGAAAUGGUGGUAGAUGAUAAAGAUUUCCGGAUGAAUUUAUUGGAUGACUUGGUGGUUAGUGGAGUAGAGUUUGAUUUUGAUAAAACCAUGACAGAAGAUUCUCUGGAACCUUUUGCUGACCCGGGGGUUUUGGAAGAAAGCAUUGAAGAACUUGCCAUUCAUGAACUUCCCUUCCCCAUUGUUUCAGAUACUGGAUACAAACGAGGUGGACCGUUACGUAUUGUUGAACUACCGGAAUUUACAUACCCUGAAUGGAAUUUGCCAUAUUUUCUUUUGUAUCAACUUAACUGGAAACCCUUUUCAAAUAUUGUGGCAAACUUUACAGAGGAAAUAGUGGUGGAUAAUUUUAUAAAAGUGGAAAAGCCUAAGUAUUAUGAGGAUGUUUACGGGUCACUUGAUACUUUGGAAAGGGAACCUGAAGAUUUCCUAAUUGAGGCUAUGGAAGUACCUCUUGAAGGUCCUACUAUUAUCCCGUCAUCAGCAGGUAGUGUCAAGAAAGUGGAUUCCCCAGGACGGUUACGCAAACUGCCCAGUUAUCCUAAAGAUAACUGGGAGUUUUUAUCGUCGUCAUCAUCUUCAGAGGAUGAGACUAUCAAAGAAAAGCUUCCAUCUAAGAUUCUUAAUAGUUCAAUUUUGCAGUACUCUGCAACAAAACGAGAGCGGUCACCUUCGGUAGAGAUUGUGGGGCAAGUUAAUAAACGACCAAACAAUGAAUCGAUAUUUGUAGGUCAUUAUGAAUCUUUUGAAGAUUCAGGUGAUCAGAGUAUAAGCGUGGAUGACUUUAAAGAAAGUAUAUUAAAAAAUGUUACUAGUAAAGGCACAAUGAAGUUGCCUGACAGAAAUGAGUCCAAUGAUGUUGCCCUUUUGACAAAAAGCGAUGAUGAUUGGGAUAAAUUUUCAGAGCCAGAUUUGGAUUUAGAUUUUUCGUGGGCAGAAACAGAAGAAAAAAAGAAGAAGGUUGAAAUAUCUCAAGGGAAACAUUAUAGUGAAUCAGCAAAAAAAAUACCUAGUUUUAAUCAAAAACAAAAAAAGGGAAGUGAUAGUGAAGAUGAUUUUGCAGUGUUGAGCAAAAUGGCUACACAGAAAAGAAAUACAGGGGGUGCCAGUCUUGCACCAAAGUUUAUACCAACAGUUUCGGAUGGAUUAAUAUCAUUUAGUCCAUACUUUGCUGCCCAAACAAAACCUCCACAAUCUGUUCUUACUACUAUUUCUAAACCUGUACCGGCUCCUAUUACUCAACAUGGACUAAAACAACCGACGGCACGCGGAUUACAAAAUCAUUUUUCAUUUUCUAUAAACACAUCACUACAAACCACAACUAACCCAAGUAUAGUUUCUCCAAAGGCAAGCAGUGACUCAGAAAAGCGUCAAACAAAUACCACUCUUGAUAUGUUUUACCGUACACCUAGAGAAUCAUCAAAAGGUGAACCAAUACCAGUGAUUUGGAAGCAUCAUAUGGGGGAAGCAGGACGAGAUAUGCGGGUAGUUGUGAACUUGGCUAAUACCAAGUUGCGAUUAAUCCAACAACUCCAGAAGCACAGUAAGGCGCAACUAAUUGAGGCUAAUUUGGGAGAAGAUGGUGCGCACCUUUACCUGAGUCACCAAACAUGUAUUGAGUUUUUUACACUGGAAGAUUUGACACAACGAACAGUUCGGCGAUCACCUGUGGUGACCCAAGCUUUGGCUAUGGCUGGUUUAGCCAGUACAAGGGCUCCUGGGGUUGAUACAGUUGCAUUUGAGCGGCUGGUAAAACUGAAUGUUUCAGUGAAGCUCGUUUUUGCUGUAAUUUUGGUUGAUGGGAUCACAGUCUCAGAGACAGACUUGAGAAACUUGCAGAUAUUGCAAGCUGCAUUGGCACCACAAGACUGGGUGCAAAGUUUUGUUGUUGGGCCGGCAAGCGAGGGUGUCAAUGUGGCUGGGUUUGUUGAUGGACUGGCGCUUCUUCAUGGCGAUGCUAGUGGGCAAUUAGAACGUGACAUGUUUUCUCGGGUACCUAUACGGGCUCUCCAGUUUCUUCAGUUUUGCAAUGUGAAUCCAGUAGCAGGAGCGUUAGUAUUAAGACAAUCAGAUUUGGUUAGUUUUUUGCAAUUGGGGUCGUUAGAAAUGAACAUUAAGCAUGGUGAUGUAUUAUCACCUAGUCAGAUUGAGUAUUUGCAGAAACUGUUUACUAGUGAUUGGCAUAUAUGA